GCCAUUAUGAAUCAACGACCCACAGGAGCAAGAACGAAAUCGUCAGAUCGUGAAUAAAGACAUUUUAUCGAAACCACUCGAGCUACGUUAGCUCAUCUAAGCAUAAAUUCAUCAGAUCUCGUGGAUUAACUUCUUCUGUUUGAUCGGAUCUGAUAUCGCAAUCCUUGAGAAAACAUGGCAGGGGCGGCCUCCGCGCUGUUUCUGCUCGAUAUCAAAGGCCGUGUCCUCGUAUGGCGCGAUUACCGUGGCGAUGUCACCUCUGCUCAAGCCGAACGUUUCUUCACCAAACUCAUCGAAAAAGAGGGUGAUUCACAGUCUAAUGAUCCGGUUGCUUACGAUAAUGGUGUGACCUACAUGUUUGUACAGCAUAGUAACAUUUACCUCAUGAUUGCUUCUAGGCAGAACUGUAACGCCGCUAGUCUUAUCUCCUUCUUGCAUCGCGUUGUCGAUGUCUUCAAGCAUUACUUUGAGGAGUUGGAGGAAGAAUCAUUGAGGGAUAACUUUGUGGUUGUGUAUGAGUUACUUGAUGAGAUGAUGGACUUUGGUUACCCUCAGUAUACUGAAGCAAGGAUCCUUAGUGAGUUCAUCAAGACUGAUGCUUAUAGGAUGGAAGUUACUCAAAGACCUCCGAUGGCUGUCACUAAUGCUGUUUCUUGGAGGAGUGAAGGGUUACAGUUUAAGAAAAACGAAGUUUUCUUAGACGUGAUAGAGAGUGUAAAUAUCCUUGUGAACAGUAAUGGGCAAAUUGUGAGGUCUGAUGUCGUUGGAGCAUUGAAGAUGCGAACAUACUUGAGUGGAAUGCCAGAGUGUAAGCUAGGUCUGAAUGAUAGAGUACUGUUGGAAGCACAGGGACGAGCGACAAAAGGAAAAGCAAUUGAUUUGGAGGACAUCAAAUUUCAUCAGUGUGUUCGAUUGGCACGUUUUGAGAAUGACAGGACGAUAUCUUUCAUACCACCUGAUGGGGCUUUUGAUUUAAUGACAUAUAGACUCAGUACCCAGGUUAAGCCUCUUAUAUGGGUUGAAGCUCAGAUAGAGAGGCAUUCCAGAAGUCGUGUUGAGAUGCUAGUAAAAGCUAGAAGCCAGUUCAAGGAGAGGAGCACUGCAACGAAUGUUGAGAUCGAGUUACCUGUACCAACUGAUGCAUCCAACCCCACCGUAAGAACAUCUCUAGGGUCUGCCGCAUAUGCUCCCGAAAAAGAUGCAUUGGUUUGGAAAAUUAAAUCUUUUCCUGGGAACAAGGAGUAUAUGUUGAGAGCAGAGUUUCAUCUUCCAAGUAUAACCGCAGAGGAAGCCACACCUGAGAGAAAAGCUCCUAUCCGUGUCAAAUUUGAGAUCCCAUAUUUCACUGUUUCAGGAAUACAGGUUCGUUACCUGAAGAUCAUUGAGAAGAGUGGGUACCAAGCUCUUCCGUGGGUGAGAUAUAUAACUAUGGCUGGUGAGUACGAACUCAGACUCGUGUAAUAUGAGAUCUGUGUUGUUUUUGUUUUUUUUAUUUACGCCAUUGUCAGCAAAACUAAACAGAGGAAGAUGAAAAGAAAAAAGAAAAAAGAGAUUUGAAAAUUUGUAGUUGAUGAAAUUUACAGUGAAGGUUGUUCUAGAAGCCCAUAAUUCUUGUGAAUUGUUUCAUGGUCUUUUCUCUUUAUUUUUCAUGUAAUCUUUUUAUGACACUUUUAUUUUGGUUAAAAUUGUUAAACAGACAAUUUUGAUUUGUUCUUUUAGUGGCCAACCGAGUUCUU